AAACUGCAGCCAACCAAAGAUGGAAACUGCACUUACAUCAGCAUUUAUGGCACAUUGUAGGCUACCCGUGAGAAAGUGCUUGAGCAAUUACUCAGCAAAUGUGUCCGGGAAAAGCAUUGCAGCGUUGUUCACCUUCUUUAAAACAUGUGUUCAAAAAUAGACCUCUAUACUUGUAGGUGCUGCCCACAGAAGAGGGAGACAGGAUGACCGAGGGUCCGAUGAAGCGGGGCAGCAGCGGCGGCGGGGACAGUCACUCUGAGCCCGCAGACACACAGCCGGUAGCCGCGAAAGAUGCAGAGGGCUCCGGGGUGGCUCUGAAGAAAGAGAUCGGCCUGGUCAGCGCCUGUGCCAUCAUAAUCGGCAACAUAAUUGGAUCAGGGAUCUUUGUGAGUCCUAAGGGGGUUCUGGAGAACGCUAGCUCUGUGGGCGUGGCCAUCAUCGUAUGGGUUAUCACCGGAGUUAUCACCGCCAUCGGCGCCCUCUGCUACGCUGAGUUAGGCGUGACCAUCCCCAAGUCGGGGGGAGACUACUCCUAUGUCAAGGACAUCUUUGGAGAACUGGCUGGGUUCCUGCAACUGUGGAUUGCUCUGCUGGUGAUCUACCCCACCAACCAGGCUGUGAUCGCUCUCACCUUCUCCAACUACGUCCUGCAGCCUCUCUUCCCCUCCUGCCUCCCCCCAGACAGCGGCCUCCGCCUGCUGGCUGCAGUUUGCCUGAUGUUGUUGACAUGGGUGAACUGCCACAGUGUGCGCUGGGCCACAUGUGUCCAAGACAUCUUCACUGCUGGCAAGCUUUUGGCCCUGGGUCUAAUCAUAAUCAUGGGAAUCGUCCAAAUAUGCAAAGGUCACUAUUACUGGUUGGAGCCAGAACACGCCUUCGAGACGUUCAGAGACUACGGUGUGGGUCAGAUAGCUCUGUCCUUCCUACAAGGAUCCUUCGCUUAUGGAGGCUGGAACUUCCUCAACUACGUCACAGAGGAGUUGGUUGACCCGUACAGGAAUCUCCCUCUUGCGAUCUUCAUCUCUAUCCCCAUCGUCACCUUCGUUUACGUGUUCGCCAACAUAGCCUACAUCACCGCCAUGAGCCCGCAGGAGCUGCUGGCCUCAAACGCUGUGGCAGUGACUUUUGGAGAGAAGUUGCUCGGUGUAAUGUCAUGGAUCAUGCCCAUCUCUGCGGCUCUCUCCACCUUCGGGGGGGUCAACGGCUCCCUCUUCACAUCGUCACGGCUGUUUUUCGCCGGAGCGAGGGCAGGCCAUCUCCCAUGUCUGCUGGCCAUGAUUCACGUCAAACGCUGCACCCCCAUCCCUGCCUUACUCUUCACUUUGAUCUCCACCCUGCUGAUGUUGUGCACCAGUGACAUUUACACCCUCAUAAACUACGUGGGCUUCAUCAACUACCUCUUCUAUGGCGUCACCGUCGCCGGGCAGAUCGUCCUGCGCUUUAAAGAGCCCGAUAUGUAUCGACCCAUUAAGGUGAGUCUGAUGUGGCCGGUGAUCUACCUGCUUUUCUGGGCCUUCCUGAUAGUCUUCUCCCUCUACUCUGAGCCGGUUGUCUGCGGCAUGGGCCUGGCCAUAAUGAUGACCGGCGUCCCUGUCUAUUUCCUGGGAGUCUACUGGGAAAAGAAGCCACAGUGUGUUGAUAGUUUGAUGGGUAAAUUUACUCAUCUGUGCCAAAAGCUUUGUUCGGUGGUCUAUCCGGACAUGGGGGACAAGGUGGAGCCCCAAGGGUCUCCAAAAGAAGAUGGAGAUAAGGAAGAUGGAGGAAGCCCUCUGACAGCUGAAUCUUGAUGAUGUGCAUAAACAAUCUCCAACAAUG